AUGGCAAACGCAGCAUCAGGUAUGGCAGUCCAUGACGACUGCAAGUUAAGGUUUUUGGAGCUCAAGGCAAAGAGGACACACCGUUUCAUUGUUUUUAAGAUUGAGGAGCAACUGAAGCAAGUCAUUGUGGAGAAGCUUGGUGAGCCAGCCCAAGGCUAUGAAGAUUUUACUCGUAGCCUUCCUGCUGACGAGUGCCGCUAUGCUGUUUAUGAUUUUGAGUAUACGACUGAAGGGAAUGUCCCCAAAAGCAGAAUUUUUUUCAUUGCGUGGUCUCCUGAUACAUCUAGGGUCAGGAGCAAGAUGAUUUAUGCAAGCUCCAAAGACAGAUUCAAGAGGGAGCUGGAUGGUAUUCAAGUAGAGUUGCAAGCAACUGAUCCUACUGAGAUGGGUCUUGAUGUGUUCAAAAGCCGGGCAAACUAA